CAACUAGGCGGGUUCUGUGCGUUUUGGAGGUGUGCGCACGUUUGAAUUUGUGGUAGUUAUGUAGUUGCUUAACACAGUCACUGAAUAUUUGAUUCUUGCUUCCAGUUGUACAAAAUCUGCCUAAAGGGGCCUGUUACCACGAGCUUUUUCCUUCGAUAUUUUAAAAACUAAUUGUUCACGGCAUUCUACAAGCUUUAAUACUCAUCGCCAUUAAGAUGGCUUUUAAUAAAUGCAAGGCAUCGAUAGUCAUAAUUUGUGAAUGAAGUAUGAAAAUCAAUUGACAUUUAGUUCUUUCUGAGUUUUUCAUGUUGUUUAGUUUUUGCAUUGUAUAACCUCCCGAUUAUACAUGUGCGACAUUUUACGUAAAAAGAUGCGUAGCGGGAAAGUGGAAAUAUUCAUAUUUUUUUCGGUGCACUUUUCAACUGUCCCAUGUUUCGUAUGUGUAACAUCGACAAUCGAUGUGCGAAUGAUCUGUUAGGUAUCUCACGAAAGUCAAAGUAGAUUCUUUUAUUGAUAAGACCUUUGGAAGAUUGAUCUGUGCUGUAGUUUGAUGCAUAUAGACAAUCUUCAAACUACUUGUUGACUUCUAUCCUUCGGCCCUGUCAAGUUUGCUGGACGGAUAUUCAUUCAUUCAAGUUUUUGACUCUAAUUGAUCAAAAUACAUGUGCGCCGCUAAAUCAUAUUUGCAAUAACAUGGAUUACCAUUCUUUUUUGGUCCUCACUAUAUAGUUAAUAACUCGUUAUGAAACUAGAAGCGGCAUGAUUGCAUGUCGUAUUUUUCGUAGUCGUCCUCGGUUAAAUUCUACCAAGUAGGUAGUCGUUUAUCUAUAGAAUUUGGCUGCCUCAAUAUGAUUUCUGUGUGUCUGCAUAACCUUCGAACUAGAAACAACUAUUAGGUGCUGUCAAGAGCAAGAAGCUACUGGUUUCCGCAGAAUAGCCUAUAUAAAAAAUAAUCUUCCGCCACAAGAUUGGUCAUAAGGUUUAUUAUUUAUUUAUUUGAACACAUACAUAUUGGUACAAGAAUGCGCCAAAUAUAUAUGCGCCACACAAAACACUGAGAAUUUAGAGAGAAGGAAAAAGAAAAAAAGUAGGGGGGAGGGUUAAAAAAAGAACAAUAAGGAAGAGAUUGGUGUAAGGUAGUGCAAUAAUAGUGGUAAUAAUGGGGGAACAGAAAGGUACAGUCAGAAGAAACCCUUCAGUUAAGAAAGAUACAACCAUUUUUUUAAUGAAGAAAGCAAAAGAAGGUUACAGCAGGAUCGCCACUGGCUUCUAUACUGAGCCAUAUCUGAUAACGUCUCUAGCCACUGUGUUGCGCUAUCUCUCGGACCCCAGCCAGUGAGUCGUGAAGGACCAACACAAGCCAUGAUCAACGAUAAACGAUCUACGGUCAUAAAGUGGAUAUGUCUAGCUAUCAUCUGUCCCUUUUAGUUCAAAUCUUUUAGCUAAUUGUAGUGAAAUACAAAAGUACUUAGUUUUACGUACUCCUGUCCUUAGAAAUUCACUGUUGAUCGCAUGGACAGGAGAAUUUGAGUAGGGGUAUGUCUGAAUAAUCUUCAUUUCGUGAAGUUUCCAUCGUAAUGUUGGUAAAUUUGUGAAAUAUCACCAAGUAUGUUUCAGAUUUCACGUGUUAGUUGUCUUGAAAAUGGAUCUGAGAUGGAUUUGAAAGUCCGCUUGCAUCAUGAAAGAUUCUGGAGGUAUGCUUAUGAUUGGUCCUGUCAUUGAUGAGAUCUUUUAUUAGUUUUCUUAAAAUUAGAUUGCUGUUUGUGAGAGGUCGUCUGGAAGUUUUGCUUUGUUUAUUCGUUUGUAUGAUGCACAAAAUCUGUUUGUACUAACUUGGUGUCGAACCUGAAGUACAUGAAGUGGGAUUCAGUCAACUGUAUUAUCAGAUUUCCACUCAUUUUUUUAAAUCAUUGUUAUAAGAACUUGGAAAUCUUGCGGUUGAUCUGUGACCAAUCUGUGGAACUAAUCUAAAUAGUAUGAGAAAGUAAAGAUCACUCACGAAAACUAAAUUCUCAACACAAAAUCCCUAGUAUGCGGAUAUCAAGUGACCAAAAAAACUGGCUGUUUUUAUAUAGCGGAAUAUCACAUUUAUCUAGAGAAUGUCGUACGUAUAAGUUUGACUAAACACCACUUGAAACAAUUGUAUGGCAUGGAUUUUCUAUGUUAUAAGAGUCUGAUCGACGCCGACUUUUAUCUAAAUUUCCUGUUUGAUUUUUCCUUUCCGUUAAUUGUACAAUUUUUUCCCACAUUCUUCCUGUGCCUUGAAAUUAUUUGGUAAUUUGAAACAAUAAAUUGCGUUGCUUAAUAUGUCUCCUUACAGAUCAAAUAACUAAUUUUAUGAGUCUAACAUUCCUAAAAGUUGGUUAAUCCAAUACUUGUUGAUUGAACACUUGUUCAUAUUAUUCGAGUCUCUUAAGUUAUAGAUGUUACACGUUUAUGCUAAGCUAGAAAUAGUUGAACAUGUGGUUUUUUUUCCAGAAAAUUCAUUAAUCAGUUUGGUUCAUAUUCGAUCUAAAUGUAAUGCUGAAUUUUAGGAACCAAGUUCAAGACAAAAUUUGGGUGUGUAUUAGCACUUUACAUUUCGUAAUCAUAUCUUACUUUUUGAUGUUUCUGUUGUAAAUAAUAUUACUGUGAUUUAGGCGUUUGUGAAGUCGCAAGUUCGAACUCUGCUCCACCUACUUCAAUUUGGGCAGCUGGGUGGUAUCACUAGCUCUCUUACUUGAGGUGUCUUGUACUCGAGGAGGCAAAUCUGUAUGGAGUAGAGUCUGUGAUAGUGAUAAUAAAUUAAAUCGUGAUUGUGAAUAAUACAAUGGUAAUAGAUUGUUUCAGUGUCUGUAUUUUUUUAGUGUAAAGUAUUGCUGUCCCACUAUUGACCAAUUAAUAUGCACUAAACUGCUGCAUUUCGGUUGCUUUCGUUUCAGCCACUCUUAUGUGUUCGAGAUGAUGAAUGCUCUAAAAAUCAUGUAUCAUUGACAGGUUUCGAUGCAGAUUGUUAUUUAAUAUAUCAAGUUUACAUUCUUUAAAUAUUCACUGUUCGUCACCAUCAAGCUUAUAACUUUUACAAUCAAUUGAAUAAUUUGCCGUUUAAUAUUAUGGUUUUUUGGCUGACCACACCAUGAAAUCUUGUUAAGGAAACAAUUCCUGUUGAAGUUCGUCCUUGGAAGGCAAAUAUCACUGAUCCCGAGACGGUCAUGGUUAUUGAGCGGCUAAUGAAGAAAAUGGUCGUUAAUCCUGUACCUAAAAAAGCUUUUAAACCUACCACAGCAUUAUCUAUACCCAGACAUCCUAUGCUCACAUUUGGUGUAUCACUUGAAGAUGUUAUAGAACGCGACAAGACUGAAAUUCCGAUCGUUAUUUCUGAUAUAUUUAACUUCUUAUUAGAUAAAGGCGGUUUACAAUCUGAAGGCAUCUUUCGUGUAAAUGGUAAUUCACGAACAGUUGAGAUAUUGCGUGCCAUUGUCGAUGUAAACGGAAGUUAUUGGCAUUUAGGGGAAUUUUCAAGUAUAGCUGGAGAUUUGGAUCGUUCAGUUGACGUUUUCUCGGUUGCUAGUCUUCUUAAGUUGUAUCUAAGGGAAUUGCCAGAAGGAUUAAUUCCAGAAAAUAUCACUGCAUUAUUUUUGAAAAUUCAUUCGGAAUAUCGUUCAAAUCAAGAUGCUUAUCUAAUUCAAUUGGAAAAUUUAGUUGCUCAAUUACCAGUGGUCAAUUAUACUCUACUCAAGCAUUUAUGCCAAUUUUUACACCGUGUUUCUGUUUACCAAUCUGAUAAUAAAAUGUCGAUUGAAUCAUUAGGUAUUGUAUUCGGACCUAAUGUUUUUCGAUUUACACCUGAAAACUUGGGUUAUCGAGAACAGAAUUCAAUCAAUCAUAUCAUGGGGAUUUUAAUUGAACAUUCUGACAGUUUAUUUCGUAUGAUUGCACCAAGCUGUGAAAAUGUAACAACUUUAAAUGACAAUUUAUCAGACAAAAAUUAUACACAAAUUCAAGCUGUUAGAAAUAAAAAGUACGACGAUAAAUUUGGAUAUAACACUUCUGACAACUUAUCUAGUGUGAAGUCUCGCAAUAAUGAAGAUGAUGUUGAUACUGAUUAUCUUACUCAGUCGACAACAAAAGUUGAGACAAAUCACAUGCUAACACAUGUUACAAAUACAUAUUGUGAUGUUCCACAGAUUGGUAUUAAAGCUUCAACAACCCCAGCUGCAACAACUACAACGAAAGCAAGGAAGACUGUGCCAGAACUGGCGAAGACCAACGAUAUUGUUGAUACUAAUGAUAAUCAAUUUAAGCGUAAAUCAUCUACAUGUGAUAUUAUUUCAACAUACUUAGAAAUAGCUAUUCGAUCAUGCAUACAAGAGCAUUUAUUUCAGGAACGCUUAUCAGAUUUUAAAGUGUAUGAUACUGCAGAUACAGUGAAUAAUUUUAAUCAUAGUUCAAUUGGUAUGAAUCAAAUUUCGAAAUCAGAUUAUUCAGACGUCGGUGUAGCUAAAACAAAUUCUAUCAGUCAAGCAAAUUUAAAAAAUCCUGAAACUAAUUAUUCGAAAUUACCGUCAACUACAGAUCGGACUAAUGAAUCGAACGACCAGAUUCUCAAUAGAUUGACUUAUUACUUACAUAAUUUUAAAUCUCGUUUACGAGAAUAUGAAAAACUAUUUGAACAGGAUUAUGGACGUAAGCCAACUAAUUCAGAUAAAUAUUCUAAUCCAAAGAUUGCUGAAUUAUUACGUCAAUUGUCUGAAGUACAAGAAAGGAUUAGACAAAUCAAAUUAUCAGGUAAAAGUUCUGAUGGUAUCAUUUCUCCAGCCAAUAAUCAGAACGGAUAUUCUUCAGAAUACAAUACAUAUGAAGAUUAUUCAAUUAAAAUUCAAAAAAACAUAACUAACUCUAUUCACAAUGGAAAUAUGAAUGAGAAAAUAAUAUCAUCUGCUUUUUUAAUAAAUCAAUCAUCAGGGAAACAGUCUUUUCCUAAUAUGGAUAACGAAGUAAAUGAUUGUACUAGGGAACUUCGAUCAUCAAACAAUUCAUUUCCUUCUAAACCAUCGAUCGUACCCAAUAAUAAAGUCGAAAAUGUAUCUAGACAGUCGGAUCUUAAUAGACCAACUAUAGAAAGUACAUUUUUACUGCUUUCAAAACGAUUAACUGAAAAACGUAUGAUUGCAAAUCGUCCCGAGGAUCUUCAUUUAAUGACUCCAAAACAGAUUGCAGCAGAAAAGCUGGCCUUACAAAAAGCCUUAUUAUAUUUUGAAAAUCUGCAUGGACGACCAAAAGAACAUCAGGAUCGUAUAACAAUGAGACCAUUAUAUGAUAGAUAUCGUAGUGUCAAACGUUUAUUAAAUUGUUUACAAUCUGAUAAUAAUUUGAAUAUUGCUGAACACAUAGAAGAAACUAGUGAUACAGAACUUCAAUCAUCUGUUCCAUCGAUUGAUGAUCAAAUGAGACGGCGAUCAAUACUAUCACCAAAUUUAGUGCCACUAAUCAAUGAUAGUAAUAUACAAACAAAAUCUAUUCAUUCUACUGGUACAACUAGCAAUAGUAUCGCUUCAUUUAAGUCAGUUAAUCCUGUGUCUUAUUCCAGUUUGCGAUCUAUCAACAGAUUAUAUAAUCCAGUCUCAUCUAUACCUGAUAACAACCUACCUGUUCCAUCUAUGAUGUCGUUGUCCACUUCAGCAUCAUUCAACCUGCCUAUAUAUUCUUCGAUUACUUCAGCCCAAUCUACUCUUGGUAAUAAUAAUGAUCAUGUUAAUGAUAGAUUGGAUUUGGCUCGAAAACAACCUACUGUUACAUCAAUUCCAUCAACAAUAAGAUAUAACAUUAAUCCUAACUCUACAAGGUUGUUCAGUCCAAAUGAACGACCAACAUAUAUUGAUGAGAACCUGAAUAAAAAUAAUUUUGCUUUUAAUAAACAAUCUUACAAUUUGGAUUCAAAUGUUGAUCUGAAGUACAAUGAAAUAGAUUGUGAUACAAAAAGUACCAGUGAUAGAAAUAGUAGAGUACCGUGUGUUAAAAAUAAUGAAUGGUUUGGGACAAUCGGUUUGAGUAAAAGAAAUCAAGAUAAUACCAUUCACAACUAUCAUGUAAAUACUUUUAACUGUCAUUCUCACUUCGUUAAUGAAAAUAACCAACAUCCUGUAGAAAAUGCGUUAUCUACAUCAACACAUACAUCGACUAGAUUGUUUGAUUCAGUGACAUGCUCAAAUAGAAUUAGAAGUGAAUUCUCCUCGCCUAUUCGUCAAGAAAAUUUCAUCGGUGCCAGAGCACCAUACUUUUCGCCUCCGCCAUUAUCGUCUUCAUUUUUCAAUCCGAAAACUAUUCAAGCCAAUAUUUCGAAUGAAGUUCAGUUAGGUACUAAUCCUACUGCUCUUAUGAAAAAUCGCCGUCGAUUUCUUGACACCUCAGAAAAUGCUAUAAAUACUGUGUCAUUCAAUGAAAAAUGCACGGACUCGUCAAAAGCUAUUUCAUCAUCAGACUUUUCAAGUUGGUCUACCGCUGACUUGAAGACAGCAUUACGUACUUUGCGUGAAUCAAAACGCCAAUUACAAAAGACCUUGAAAGAUUUUGAACACGAAUUUGCCCAAACUACUGGUCAAAAGGUAGAACGAGAGGAUCGAUUAUGUAUGCGUUCAGAAUACUAUGAAUACAAAGCGUUAAAAACACGUCUUUUCCAACUAGAAACUGAACUGAAAGGUCGAUGUGCUUAAAAUAAUGCCUAUUUUAUUCUAUUAUGUUUUUAAUCAUAUUUAAAGGUUGUCUAUAUGUUAGAGUAAUAAGAUGAUUGAACUUUUUAAUACAUUGAAAUGGUGGGAGUUGGAGAGAGAGAGAGAGAGAGAGAGAGAGAGAAAUGGUUUGAAAAUGAAACUUGUGCUUUAUUCCUUUUUUCAACACAAAUGAAUGAAUGAAUUUUUAUUGGGAUAAUUUAUAUUUAUAAACAUAUUCAUCAUUUAUUUCUGCCAAUCAUUAAAUCUUUCAUUAUUGUACAUAAAUUCUUCGAAUGUCGUUUAUGUAUUUUGAUUUGAGACUGCAAAGAUUCUUUUUACAGUACAGAUAUUUGUUUCCAACGUUUUUACCGUGUUUUUUUUUCUAAAACAAAAUUCAUUGUAUACACAUAAGUUAAGUACUCAAUUCAGUUAAUGUAAUUUGAAGUGUAUUUUUAUUAGUACAUAAAAAAUGAGACUUUAAUAAAUGGUAGGGUGAUUGGAAGAUUUUAUGGCCAAAAAAAUAGUCAAACUGAUCAUUUUUUUAAUAUAUCUAGACAAUUUCUUUUUUUAAACAUGUAACAUUUCGUAUUAUUGAUCUUAGACAUUGUAUUGUUUGAAAAAUCUGUUUACAUACUACUUAAUCACUUGAUUAGUAGUCCAUUUUGGCAUGUAUAAUUUUUAUACUAUCAUUUUAAUUUUAAUCUGUUUCAAUAAUAGAAAUUAAGGAAUUUCUGUUCAACUUUAUCCUUAUUUGCUUUAUUAGUAUUUCUGAUUCAUUGUAUUUUGUAUACUACAUUCUUUAUUCCGGAUAUUUAUUGGUACCUUUUCAUUAUUAUAACCAUAAGAAGUCUUUAUUCUUGUAAGGUAGAUCAUAUCAUUUUGUAUAGUUAUAGUAUAGUAUAGUAUAUAAUUUUCAUAUUUUGAUGAUACUUUAUUUUUAUGCCACUGUCAUGGACGACAUAGUGCUUAUGUUUACAUGAAAAGUGUAAUUUAUUUUUAUGUAGAAAAACAGGAUGAUUUUGAACUCAGUCAGUCAACAGUACACUAUUCGUAUAUGUGUUGGUGUAUGAGUUUUAUUUAACCCAUGUAUAGAAAUGCUAUAUAUAUAUAUAUAUAUAUAUAUAAAUGUAUAUUUAGCAUUGUAUAUUACACUUUAUUUCUAGAAAAUAUAUUUAAUACUAAAUAAAUAUUUAUUUACUAA